UGUUGCUAAGUUUGAAAGCAAGCCAAAAAAUUUCAUCCUUCUUAUCAUCUUCCUCUCUUGUCUUUGAACUAAGCACAUAUGAACUCAUUCAAAUGCACACAUUGAAAACAAAAAUAAUACUAAGACACAUAAAUGAUAAAAAAAACACCAACCUUAUCAUCAUAUAUGAAACUACCAUUUCACUUUGUUCUAACAACUUUGUUCCUAUUAUUAUUAAACCAUGCAAAUUCUCAAUCUCCUCAACUUUAUUAUAAUCAAGAACAUAAACUCUUAUUAAACAUUAAACAAUACCUUCAAAAUCAAAAUCAAAACCCUUCUUUUCUUAGCCAUUGGAUUCCAUCAAAUUCCAAUCACUGUUCUUGGAAUGAAAUUACUUGCACAAAUGAUUCUGUCACUGGAAUCACUCUAUCCAAAAUCAACAUCACAAAAACAAUACCACCUUUCAUUUGUGAUCUCAAAAACCUUACACAUGUUGAUUUCAGCUUCAACUUCAUCCCUGGUGAUUUUCCCAAAAUUUUCUAUAAUUGUUCAAAGUUGGUUUCUUUAGAUCUUUCUAUGAACAAUUUUGAUGGUAUGAUUCCUAAUGAUAUUGGAAAUUUGAGUUCAAAUUUGCAAUAUCUUAACCUUAGUUCAACAAAUUUUGCUGGUGGUGUUCCUGAUGGGAUUGGAAAGUUAAGGGAAUUGAAAGAAUUUAGGGUUCAAUAUUGUUUGUUGAAUGGUAGUGUUAGUGAUGAGAUUGGUAAUUUGUUGAAUCUUGAGUACUUUGAUAUUUCUUCUAAUGCUAUGUUACCUUCUUGGAAUUUUCCUUUGAGUUUGACCAAGUUGAAAAAAUUGAAACUUUUUUAUGUUUAUGGAUCUAAUUUGGUUGGUGAAAUACCUGAAAAUAUUGGUGAUAUGGUUUCUUUGGAGAAAUUGGAUAUGUCACAAAAUGGUUUAAUUGGUGAAAUUCCUAGUGGUUUAUUCUUGUUGAAGAAUUUGAGUGUACUUUUUCUUUACAAGAAUAAUCUUUCUGGUGAGAUACCUAAUGUGAUUGAAGCAUUGAAUUUGACUCAACUUGAUCUUGCAGAGAAUAAUCUUGUAGGAAGAAUACCACAGGAUUUUGAGAAGCUUCAAAGUUUGACAUGGUUGAGUUUGUCACUCAAUAGUUUAUCAGGUGAAAUACCAGAAAGAUUGGGCCUUUUUCGAUUUCUUGUCGAUUUUCGUGUGUUUUCCAAUAAGUUAUCAGGUACUAUUCCUACUGAAUUUGGUCGCUAUUCGAGGCUGAAAACCUUUGUGAUUUCAUCGAAUAGUCUUGUUGGAAAUUUACCUGAAAAUUUAUGCUAUCAUGGUGAGUUACUUAAUUUGACAGUUUUUGAAAAUAAUCUUAGCGGCAAGUUGCCAGAAUCGUUAGGAAAUUGUGGUAGCUUGUUGGAUUUGAAAAUCUACAACAAUGAGUUUUCUGGUACUAUUCCUAGUGGUCUUUGGACAUCUUUCAAAUUGUCAAAUUUCAUGGUAAGUAAUAACAAAUUCACCGGCGUGAUUCCGGAAAAGUUGUCUUUAAAAAUUUCGCGGUUCGAGAUAGGUAACAAUCAAUUUUCGGGUAGAAUUCCAAAUGCAGUGUCUGCAUGGACUAGUAUAGUAGUUUUUGAUGCAAGUAAGAAUUUGUUAAAUGGAAGUAUUCCACAAGAGUUAACAUCACUUCCAAAGUUAACAACUCUUUUGCUUAAUCAAAAUCAACUCAAUGGUCCAAUUCCAUCAAAUAUUAUAUCAUGGAAAUCCUUAGUGACUCUUAAUUUGAGCCAAAAUCAACUUUCCGGUCAAAUUCCUGAUGAAAUUGGAAAAUUACCUGUCCUUAGUCAACUUGAUUUGUCAGAAAAUGAUCUUUCUGGAGAAAUUCCUUCUCAAUUUCCUAGAAUCACCAAUCUUAAUCUGUCAUAUAAUAAUUUGACCGGUCGAAUUCCGAGUGAGUUUCAAAAUUCAAUUUUUGCAACAAGCUUUUUGGCAAAUUCUGGUCUUUGUGCUGAUACAAAAGUGCUUAACAUCACUUUGUGCACAAAUUUUAGUCUUCAAAGGAAAAACAAAGGAUCAUCAUGGUCUAUUGGUUUGACCAUAAGCCUUGUGAUAGUAGCUUUGUUAUUAGCUUUUUUGGUUACUUUCUUGAUUAUCAAAGUUUUCACGAAAAGGAAGCAAGGUUUGGAUAAUUCAUGGAAGCUUAUAUCCUUUCAGAGGCUAAGUUUCAACGAAUCAAGCAUCAUUUCGUCGAUGACAGAACAUAAUAUUAUUGGCAGCGGUGGUUACGGUACAGUAUACCGAGUCGACGUCAACGGUUUAGGUUAUGUUGCUGUGAAAAAGAUAUGGAAUAACAGAAAGUUAGACAGUAAACUCAUAAGCUCGUUUCGCGCGGAAGUAAAAAUACUAAGCAAUAUUCGUCAUAACAACAUUGUGAGAUUGAUGUGUUGUAUAUCUAAUAAUGAUGAUUGUAUGCUUCUUGUGUAUGAGUAUUUGGAAAAACAUAGUUUAGAUAAGUGGCUGCACAUGAAGAAUAAGUCAUCAUCAUCAACAUCAACUUUGGUGCAAAAUGUGAUUCUUGAUUGGCCAAAGAGGUUGAAAAUAGCAAUUGGUGCUGCUCAAGGUUUGAGCUAUAUGCAUCAUGAUUGUUCACCACCUAUUGUUCAUAGAGAUGUUAAAACAAGUAACAUACUUUUGGAUGCUCAAUUCAAUGCAAAAGUUGCUGAUUUUGGACUUGCUAGGAUUUUAAUCAAACCUGAGGAACUUAACACAAUGUCAGCUGUGAUUGGCUCAUUUGGCUACAUUGCUCCAGAAUAUGUUCAAACAACAAGAGUAAGUGAAAAGAUUGAUGUGUUUAGCUUUGGAGUUAUCCUAUUGGAACUAACAACUGGUAAAGAAGCUAACUAUGGAGAUCAACACUCGUCGCUUUCAGAGUGGGCGUGGCGACAAGUUUUGUUAGGAAUCAAUGUAGAAGAGUUGUUAGACAAAGAUGUUAUGGAAGGUAGUUACUUGGAUGAAAUGUGUACAGUUUUCAAACUUGGUGUCAUGUGUACUGCAACAUUGCCUUCUAGUAGACCUUCAAUGAAAGAAGUGUUGCAGCUAUUGCUUAACUUUGCAGAACCAUUAGUUUAUGGAGAGAAGAAAGUUGGCCACUACUAUGAUGUUGAUCCUCUUCUUAAGGAUUCAAAAAGUGACACUAGGUUGGAUGUUGAUGAUAUGUAAAAAUUAUAGUUCUUAGAGUUUGUGCUUUUAGUUGUAACUUUUUUGGAUAAGUAAAUAUUAGUAAAUCAGUAGAUACUUUAGUUUUUAGGAUUUGAAUCUUGAAUAUUGAAUCUCUUGCGCGCAAA